AUGCUACUCAAAACGGCACGAUUUUCGUCUUUUUUUCAAAGUCAAUUAUACCAUCUGUCCCAAAGAAACAAACAUUUUCUGGCCGAUGUUCCUUUGAAGAGAAGAGGAGUAGACGGUCAUUUAUCUGUUUCUGAUUUGGAAGGAAAACUCCUAUUGCUCUAUUUCUCUGCUGGCUGGUGUGGUUCUUGCAAAUUGUUGACCCCGAAAUUGAAGAAGUUCCAUGAUGGUCUAGGAGAGGAAGGAAAGAAAUUGGAAGUUGUGUGGGUUUCGAGAGAUCGUGAAGCGGAUCAUCAAUUGGAGUAUUAUGAGAAAGCUAUGCCAGCUUGGGCAUAUAUUCCCUUCGGUGACCCGAAUAUCAAAAACUUCCUGGAAAAAUACGAAGUUAAAACUAUCCCCUCUCUCAAAUUGGUGGAUAGCGAAGGGAAUGUUCUAAGUGAUAGAGUCAGAGCUGAUGUGGAGGGUUGUGUCAAAGAGAACCCUCUGAAAUGCUUCAAUAGCUGGAAAUCCUUGUAA